UCUUACAGAGAAGGGGCUGAUGCUGAUUACCAGAUUACUGCAGUCUGACCUGAGAUAGGGUGGCACUGAUGACCAGAUCACUGCAGUCUGGCACAGAGAUAGGCUUUGCAAGGUCAACCACAUCACUGUGGUAAAUCAAGGACAAGACAAUGCCAUCAGUCAGGUAGCUGUGGUUUGACAGUGACAGGAUGAAGUCAACCAUGGUUGAAAAUGUCUGAAAUAGACAUGCAUGGUCAACUCGAUGUUGUCAUUUUAGAGAGGCAUCCAGGUGAUGGGGGGUUGGGGCAUGGUCAGGGUCAGGGUAGAGAUAAAGGGAGACAGGGUAUCUGACAGUCCAGUUGUUCCAGAGGAGGUCUGCUGUCUUCAGCAUUAAUGUCAGCAGCCACUGGGAGGAGACUCAGUGGAAUGGAUGGACAUAGCCCAAACAGAUGUAAGACUUAAAAGGCUGGAUUCAUCAAACGGAUUAUCGCGGCGACUGUUCCUGAACAGAGCUCCGGACGAUUGUGAUGCCGGCUGGGUCUGGAGAGGCUCAAGGAAACAAACCUCAAUAGGAUGCACUCACGCGCGCCUGCUUCCACGGCGCGGUGUCACCAGAAGGAUGCCUUGUGGAGCCCUCCAGAAUGCAAGAAAUAGGAAACUGGACAGCCACUUCCUGUUCGCGUUCCUGGUUGCUGUCCUUUACCAGGUCCACCCAGGUGAAGGGUCCUUCCUAGGCAGCUCGAAAGCGGUUUUUGCACAUGGUUGUGAUGACCACUGGACCCUAGCGGAUCCGCAGCGCAUGCCUCAGUUGACACAGAUGACGCUGUGUGUGGAUGUGCGGCCGCUGGACACAGAGGGGGAGUGGACAGCCUUCACCUACAGCAAACCACCCGUCCCCCACUACAGCCUGGCCCUGCAGGGCGACCCUGACGGCCUGUACGUCUGGCUGCUGGGCGUCCAACACCACUUUCCCACCCGCCUGGCUCCUUUGCGCUGGCACCACAUGUGCCUGCAGCAUGAUGCGGGCCGCCGCACCAUGACCCUGGAGGUUGACGGGGAGGUGUUCAAGCGUACAGUCAUCACCCAGGCCAUCCCGCCAGCCGGGGAGCUGGUGCUGGGGUGCCACAGCUGGGACACAGCGUCACCAAAGUGGGGAGCAGGUGGUGCAGAGCUCUACCUCUUUCGCAUAUGGGACGAUGUGCGCAAGCCUCUGGCCUGUGAAGAUGGCACUGUGGUCGGCUGGAACUCUCGGGACUGGCACAUGACCGGUAUUUCCAGAUUUACCGAUGACACUCUGCUCUGCGGCCACAAACGGGCAAGACGGGCAGGCUUGGCACCCAUUGCUGGACGGGUGCUCCCAUCACUCAUUCCUGAACCUCAUGUGGUGCAGUGCAGCUUUUCUGAGUUCUGUGCUAUUGGAACUGCCUACUACUGGAUGUCUGUCAAUCUGGAAACCACAGGAAAGAAGACAGAGGCUGAGCUCAGCACAUGGCUCUCCCAAGUCUUCAAUAUUUCCACUUGUGUGCCAUCCAGUCACACAACAGACAGUCCUGUUCACAAGACAGCUAACAACAGCACAGACAGAGAUCAGCACAGUUGCAAGAAUGAGGCAGAGACAGCAGUCAGCCUUUUGCAGGGUAUUGAGGUGAUUUGCAACACCAAAGAAGAUAUCAGGGUGACUAACUGCACAGUCGUACUGCAGCUGUAUCAGCCGACAGACACCUGCUUGCUCAGACAGGUGCUGCAGGAAAGCAGCCUGGACACCUCCAUCCAGGCCCAUGUGCUGGGGGACGUGGAGAGAGUUGGUCAAGGACUGUGCCAGAAUGGGGACACAUUAUCACCGGAUGACGGAUUUGUGAGGUGCACAUCCUCUACCUCACUCUCUGACGUUUGCUCUUCUGGAGGACCAGUUAAUGUGACAUGCACCUACAAGGAGCCAGCAUACAUUCCGAUGGAGAUGCAUCUGUCUGUUAGCCAGCUCUGCAACAGGAAAGAGCAGCAGUAUUGUGACUGCUCAAAUUUCUGCAGAGACACAGCUGCAUACUACGUGCUGGAGGUGGACAUUCUCAGUGCCUCUGUCUCAAUUGCAGAUGUCAGGAAAAUGGUUUCUCAGCUGAGCUCAGGACAAACUUGCAUCAGUCCAGUCACCAUAUGUCCAUUUUUCCGCUUAAUAUCUGAAUUCUACCAGGGGGCUCAUCUGCAAUGCCAUGGGACAGAAUCUCGGCUAUACAGCUGCAUGGUGGUUCUUAAGCUAUCUCAGCCAGUGGACAUGUGUGCGGCCAGUACAGUUAUGUUAUACCUGCUUGAAGACAGUGAUGACAUCAACUUCAAUGGUGCUGUUACACGAGCAGCGAUAUGUGGCUGGCCCUCAGGUCCUGUGGCUGAUCUUCUGAACUCCACCUUCACCUGGGUCUCUGUGGAUCUCCAUGCAUCUGAGAUCUGUGACAGUCUUAAUCCUGUAAUCUUCUCCUGCAAGGAAGAUGAAAUCCUUGGCGUGCUUUUGAAGGAGAGCUGCAGAAUUCCAACAUCUCCUCCUUCCACAUCCACAUCCUCACCAGUGACCAUGCCCCUGUUCCCUCCCACUGUCACCCCAUCUUCCUCCCACAAGUUCUCCACACCCUUUACAACACCCAAACCAUUUAACUCAAGCACAGCCUCUCCCCCAGUGAAAGCAACAGCCACAGUAGCUGUGGCUAAUACUCAAUGGAACGUGAGUACAGGGGUAACACCUGUGGCUCAUUUGAGCAACUCCACAACAGAUGGUGCCACCAUGGAAUUCACCACAGGUAUCCCAGCACAGAGUGAGGAGGCUCAGGCUGACCAACUCCUGGAACAGACGAGGGACAUCGCUGGACUGAACUCUUCUCAGGUGCAGCAGGUGGUGUCCAGGCUGGAGGACCUGCUCUCCGGGCCCAAUAUCACCCUGGCACUGGCCCAUAGGCUACUCAACAUUGUCAGUAAUCUACUCAAUGUCUCUGCCAUCACCCUGGCUGCCUCCUCCUCUAGGAUCAUAACAGCUGUAGAAACACUUGGGCUGAAGCUGGUAGUGGAAGGCAGGACUGAAAAGAUCUCAUCUGAUUCCCUUGCUCUGGCCGUGAGAAAGGUGGAUGGAGCCAGUUUUGAGGAGACGUCCUUCUCCAUCGCUGACCCUAACAACCUGCAGAUCACUGUUCGUGGUGAGCAGAAAGUUCGAAGAAGGACAGGGAGCCUGAGAGCCCCUACCCUAGGCACCAUCAUUCUGCCUGCCUCACUGACUGAUGACCUAAUGACCCAGGAGCAGCUACUGGCCUCCAGAGUUCAGUUCAUCUUCUACCAGAGGACCACUGUGUUCCAGGACAUGGCCCUUCGCAACAGAAGCAUCAACAGUGGUGUCUUAGCUACGAGUGUGGCCAAUCUGUCAAUCAGUGGACUAAGGGACAAUGUAGUCUUCACCAUGCAAAAUAACCAACCCAUAACGGGGAACUUUGUUGCCAGCUGCGUCUUUUGGGAUCACAACUUAAAUGAGGGAUCAGGAGGCUGGAGCAGUGAUGGGUGUACUGUUCAGAACACAACAGAGGAAGAGACCACCUGCAGCUGCAACCAUCUCACCAGCUUCGCUGUGCUUUUGGACAUUUCUAGAGAGGGCAUUACUGACCGUCUGCAAGCCACCAUCCAAACAUUCAUUACCUUCAUUGGCUGUGGCAUCUCUGCAAUCUUUUUGUCUAUCACUCUGCUCACCUACCUGGGAUUUGAGAAAUUACGGCGGGACAUCCCUUCCAAGAUCUUGAUCCAGCUGUGUACAGCCCUGCUGUUCCUGAACCUGACCUUUCUGCUUGACUCCUGGCUGGCCCUGUACCCAGAUGCCGUGGGCCUCUGCAUCUCUACCGCUUUCUUCCUGCACUACUUCCUGCUUGUGUCCUUCACCUGGAUGGGGCUGGAGGCCUUCCACAUGUACCUGGCUAUCGUCAAGGUCUUCAACAGCUACAUGUCCAGAUACAUGCUCAAGUUCUCUCUCUUCGGCUGGGGUGUCCCUCUAAUGGUGGUCAUAAUUGUGAUCGCAAUCAGCAAAGACAAUUAUGGGCUCAUUUCGUAUGGAAAAUAUACUGAUGGAUCGACAGAUGAAUUUUGCUGGAUCAGAAAUGACGUGGCCUUCUACGUGGCACUUGUGGCUUAUUUCUGCCUGGUGUUUGUCAUCAAUUUGGCCAUGUUUGUGGUGGUGAUGGUGCAGCUGAGGCGGAUCAAACGGCAGAACCCCAAUAAUUCCCAGCAUCGUAACGGGCUGCAGGAGUUGCGUAGUGUGGCUGGACUCACAUUCCUCCUUGGCCUGACCUGGGGCUUCGCUUUCUUUGCCUGGGGGCCAGUCAACCUAGCUUUCAUGUACCUGUUUGCCAUCUUAAACUCCCUGCAGGGUUUCUUCAUUUUCAUCUUCCACUGUGCCUUAAAAGAAAAUGUGCGUAGGAAGUGGCGGGCAUAUCUGUGCUGUGGGAGACUGCAGCUGCCAGAGACAGCUGCCAGCACAGAAUGGAGCCGUACUACCAUCCAGGCCAAUUACAAGAAGGACCUUCUUGGCACCUCCAUCCAGACCUCUGAUUCCUAUCUGUCGAGCAGCACCUCUUUCCGCACCAAUGAUAGUACCGAGUUGCCCACCCCCACUAGUGAUGUGUCUGAAGACAGCAUUUUCACUUCACUGCAGGAAUCAAAUGUGGAGGUGGUCGUCAACAGCAGGCACAGGGCACAAAGACCACAGUGAAUUCUGGGAACAUGGACUCUGUGCAGGCUGUUAGGGUGUCCACUAAGCAAAUGAAGGAUGAAUUGUGGAGGAAGUGUCCAAAAGUAGAGACAGGUUCUCAGUGUGCCAUCUCAUUCCUUUCAUUAGAAUGUGUUAUAUUUGUCAGCAGUAAACUUAAGAGAAAACUUUGUUUUAUAGCACAGGGCUUAACUUUGUGCAAGAAAAGUACUGAGUAGAAAACUACAAGAGGACAUUCUGGGAAUUAAGAAGGCAGAUAAAUCUGGGAAUCUGUGCCCAAACAAUGCUGUGAGAUGUGGUCCUCACCCUUUUUUGAAAUGCAUCACUGUGAUGUCCUUUUUACAAAAGAAUAUGACUAUGGGUUUUCAUUAGUUUUUAAUAUUUUAAUUGCCACCGUUUACAG